AUGUCGGAUACCGUAUACAGCUGCUUGGGAAAAGAACAGGCAGGAUUCCGCAAAGAAAGAAGAUGCACAGAUCAGAUAUUUGCCAUCCGCAACAUAAUAGAACAGUGCACGGAAUGGCAGAGACAACUUUAUGUCAACCUCGUUGAUUUUGAAAAAGCAUUCGACAGUGUGCGUAGAGAAAGUCUUUGGUAUAUUCUACGCCCUUAUGGAAUCCCUUGCAAGAUAUUGGAGGUCAUCAAGAGCUUCUACCAAAACUUCAAGUGCGUUGUUGGAAACAGUACCACUGCUUUUGAGGUAAAGACAGGAGUUAGACAAGGAUGCAACAUGUCUGCAAUUCUGUUCAACCUGGCCAUUGACUGGGUCAUGAGGAAGACAACAGAGGAUGCAUCAAGAGCAGUGCUCAUUGCCCCAUGCCGUGGCUGGAGUUCCGCCGACGAGACCAGCCUGAGAGGGGCGCUCACCACCGGCUACGAGACAAACGUGCGACCCUCCGCCGUCACCGAUAUCUUCCUCACCUUCCACAUCACCAGUAUCGACGACUUGGAUAUCCAAGCUGAGUCGUUCUCUGUUUCGGGAUGGUGGUCUCUGCUGUGGACUGACUCCCGCCUCACCUGGACGCCUGCCACCUACGGCAACAUUGACGUCCUCAUGUACUACCAAGACAACAUCUGGGUCCCCUCCAUCGUCGUCAGCAACAGCCAGAAGGACUUGUCAGCCAUUGACGAAGACACGAUUCCCCUGCGUGUGGACUCCGCUGGCUCGGUCUACUGGCACCCGCCUGGCAUCCUGAAGCUGAACUGCGAGAUGGACACAACUUACUAUCCAUUUGAUACCCAGACCUGCUCAAUAGAGGUCAUCAGUUUUGGCUACGCUAUGACCGAGGUCAGACUCAAUACCACAGAAGGAGUUCUGUUUGACUUCUUCUCCGCCAGUGGAAAAUGGGACGUCCUGUCCACUUCCACGUCAGUCGGUACUGUUUCUGACAAGGGGCUGUCCUACUCUGAGAAAACCUCAAUUUGUUUGAGGUGGCCUGUCACUUCAAACGAGGGUACCCCUGUCAGCAAUCAUCUUGGGACGAAUUGGGGGGACUUCAGUGAAUUAACACUGAACAUUACAUCGGUUGAGGGCAAAAAAUGCCUAAAUGCCAAUUACAUAAUGGUUAAUAAAAUCAUUACUUUUCAUCCAGAAGUCCUAAACUAUCUCAUACGUCAUUGUUGUUUGAAAGGAAAUACUACAAAGUCACUGAAAUCACCGUGCGGCUUCUCCGACGUUAAAAACCUUGCUAUUGUCUUUCUGAAAACCUUGGGUUUAAGCUCUUUUUGCACUAUGCCCUUCGUUUAUAUCCAUCUUCAGGUGAUCUUCUACAUGAAAAUGACCCGCCUUUCCAAGACCUACUGGAUGAGCAUCAUUGCCCCGGUGAUCGCCAACGCUUAUCUCAUCCUUCUUGUGUUUGUUCUGCCUUCCGAGAGCGGCGAGAAAAUGGGCUUCUCUCUCACCUGCCUGCUGGCAUUCGUGGUCAUCCUCACUCUCAUCACCGGCGAGAUGUCCACCGCUGCGACAUACACCUCCUUACUUGAGGUGUACAUUUGCGUGAUCCUCUUCAUGUCGGCGAUGUCCGUGGUCCUGGCUACGGUCAACCUGCUCUUCUUCUUCCAACCCAGUGAUGGUGUAGUGCCAGACCUCCACAGAAAGCUGGCUAUGUGGGCUAUGUUCCUCAUGUGCCACAAUGACCUCUACCAGCAGAACGAGGUCAGCCCCCAAGACCAAGUGGCAGAAAUAUACCAGAGUAAGCCACCUAUGGGUUACUUUGGCACCGACCGCAGCCGCGCCCAGUCUCGUCUCAACGAUGGGCGUCAGACUCCAGUCCAGAAGUUUGCCGAGCCGGAAGUGAAAGGAGAGACAAUGACUGACGAAAUCACGUACCAAGUUCUAGCAUCUGUCAUGGAUUCCUUCUUCCUCCGCGUGUACUUCAUUGCCACCACUAUGAUCACUAUUAUUUUCUUUGCUGUCCUCAUAUCUGGUCCUUGAGAUUUCUACACAUCUCAUGUGUCGGUCCCCGGCCUAAGCGCAAUGUCUCUAACUGUGCCCUCAUUUACAGACAAUACAAACUGGGUAAUGAUAAAAUUUGACCUUCUAUUUUUAUAAUUGGUUUAUAAAUUUCUCGUGCGAAUGACGUCUCGGAGACCCUAAUGUGGGCCCCAUGGAGCGGGGAGACCCCUGAUGUGGGUGGUUAUCACGUCAAGUAAGUUUCAGACAGAGGGCUACAGUUUACUUCUAGGUGUGCUUCCAACAGUUUGCAUUCUCUUCAGACUUGAUUGUGUUAUUUGUUGGAAUCAUCGAGUUUGAAUUCUCUUCAGGCUUGAUUGGAUUAUUUGUUGCCACCCUCUAAUUGUCCACACUUACGAUUACAUAAUGAAGUUCACCAACAUGCACACACUCGUGCUCGUGCGCGGGGGCGCGCGCGCGCA